AUGCCCACGAGCAGCACCAUAUCAACCAUGCCCACCAGCACCUCUGCAACCUCCACAGACACCAGCACCUCUGCAACCACCAUGCCCACCAGCACCGUGACAUCCACCAUGCCCAUCAGCACCUCCACAUCCACCAUGCCAACCAGCACCUCUGCAACCACCAUGCCCACCAGCACCGUGACAUCCACCAUGCCCAUCAGCACCUCCACAUCCACCAUGCCCACCAGCAGCACCAUUUCAAGCAUGCCCACCAGCACCUCUGCAACCUCCAUGCCCACCAGCACCUCCACAUCCACCAUGCCCACCAGCAGCACCAUUUCAAGCAUGCCCACCAGCACCUCUGCAACCUCCAUGCCCACCAGCACCUCUGCAACCUCCAUGCCCACCAGCACCUCUGCAACCUCCAUGCCCACCAGCACCUCCACAUCCACCAUGCCCACCAGCAGCACCAUUUCAAGCAUGCCCACCAGCACCUCUGCAACCUCCAUGCCCACCAGCACCUCCACAUCCACCAUGCCCACCAGCAGCACCAUUUCAAGCAUGCCCACCAGCACCUCUGCAACCUCCACGCCCACCAGCACCUCUGCAACUUCCAUGGCCACCAGCACCUCUGCAACUUCCAUGGCCACCAGCACCUCUGCAACUUCCAUGGCCACCAGCACCUCUGCAACUUCCAUGGCCACCAGCACCUCUGCAACUUCCAUGGCCACCAGCACCUCUGCAACUUCCAUGGCCACCAGCACCUCUGCAACUUCCAUGGCCACCAGCACCUCUGCAACUUCCAUGGCCACCAGCACCUCUGCAACCUCCACGCCCACCAGCACCUCUGCAACUUCCAUGGCCACCAGCACCUCUGCAACCUCCACAGACACCAGCACCUCUGCAACCACCAUGCCCACCAGCACCGUGACAUCCACCAUGCCCAUCAGCACCUCCACAUCCACCAUGCCCACCAGCAGCACCAUUUCAAGCAUGCCCACCAGCACCUCUGCAACCUCCACGCCCACCAGCACCUCUGCAACUUCCAUGGCCACCAGCACCUCUGCAACUUCCAUGGCCACCAGCACCUCUGCAACUUCCAUGGCCACCAGCACCUCUGCAACCUCCACAGACACCAGCACCUCUGCAACCACCAUGCCCACCAGCACCGUGACAUCCACCAUGCCCAUCAGCACCUCCUCAACCACCACGGCCACCAGCACCUCCGCAGUUUCCACAGCCACCAAGACCCCUGCAACCACCACGGCCACC